AUGCACACAUAUGGUGAGGUCUGCCACAAAUCCUACACGCAGUUCUCCAACCUGUGCCGGCACAAGAGGAUGCACGCCGACUGCCGCACGCAGAUCAAGUGCAAGGACUGCGGGCAGAUGUUCAGCACUACCUCCUCCCUCAACAAGCACCGACGUUUCUGUGAGGGCAAGAACCAUUACACGCCGGGCGGCAUCUUCGCCCCGGGCCUGCCCUUGACCCCCAGCCCCAUGAUGGACAAGGCGAAGCCCCCCCCCAACCUCAACCACGCCAGCCUGGGCUUCAACGAGUACUUCCCGUCCAGGCCGCACCCGGGCAGCCUGCCCUUCUCGGCAGCGCCCCCCGCCUUCCCCGCACUCACUCCGGGCUUCCCGGGCCUCUUCCCUCCAUCCCUGUACCCCCGGCCACCUUUGCUACCUCCCACGCCGCUGCUCAAGAGCCCCCUGAACCACACCCAGGACGCCAAGCUCCCCAGCCCCCUGGGGAACCCGGCGCUGCCCCUCGUCUCUGCCGUGGGCAACAGUGGCCAGGGUGCCACAGCCGCCACGGGGCCUGAGGACACGUUCGAGCGUCGCCUGGGGGACUCCUACGCCGAGAAGCUCAAGACGAGGGGCAGCGACAUGUCGGACGGCAGUGACUUCGAGGACGUCAACACCACGACGGGGACCGACCUGGACACGACCACAGGCUCGGGCUCGGACCUGGACAGCGACGCGGACAGCGACCGGGACAAGGCCAAGGACAAGAGCAAGGCAGCGGAGGGCAAGCCCGAGUGUGGGGGCAGCAGCGCGGCGCCCCCGGGGGCCCCGGACGGCGCGGGCGAGGUGCCAGUCUUCUUCCCGCCACACGCCUUCUUCCCGCCGCCCGACGAGCAGCUGCUGACGGCCCCGGGCGCCGCGGGCGACUCCAUCAAGGCCAUCGCCUCCAUCGCCGAGAAGUACUUCGGCCCCGGCCUCGUGGGCAUGCAGGAGAAGAAGCUGGGCUCGCUGCCCUACCACUCCGUCUUCCCCUUCCAGUUCCUGCCCAACUUCCCCCCGGCCCUCUGCCCCUUCGCGGACCGCUCCCUCGCCCACAAUUUGCUGGUCAAGGCCGAGCCAAGGUCCCCCCGGGACGCCCUCAAGGGGGGCGGCCCCAGCGCCGAGUCCCCCUUCGACCUCACCACCAAACCAAAAGAGGCCAAGCCUGUGCUGCCCAUGCCCAAGGCACCCCCGGCCCCGGCGUCCGGUGAGGAGCAGCCGCUGGACCUGAGCAUCGGCAGCCGCAUCCGAGCCAGCCAGAACGGAGGGGGGCGGGAGCCCCGCAAGAACCACAUCUACGGGGAGCGCAAGCUGGGGGCCGGGGAGGGGCUGCCCAAGGCAUGUCCGGCGCAGCUGCCCCAGCAGCCGGCCCUGCACUACGCCAAGCCUUCACCCUUCUUCAUGGACCCCAUCUACAGGGUAGAGAAGCGGAAGGUGACAGACCCCGUGGGAGUCCUGAAGGAGAAGUACCUGCGGCCGUCCCCGCUGCUCUUCCACCCCCAGAUGUCAGCCAUCGAGACCAUGACGGACAAGCUGGAGAGCUUCGCGGCCAUGAAGGCAGACUCGGGCAGCUCCCUGCAGCCCCUCCCCCACCACCCCUUCAACUUCCGGUCCCCGCCCCCCACGCUCUCGGACCCCAUCCUCAGGAAGGGCAAGGAGCGCUACACUUGCAGGUACUGUGGCAAGAUCUUCCCCCGAUCAGCAAACCUCACGAGACACCUGAGGACGCACACCGGGGAGCAGCCGUACAGGUGUAAGUACUGCGACCGCUCCUUCAGCAUCUCCUCCAACCUCCAGCGGCACGUACGGAACAUCCACAACAAGGAGAAGCCCUUCAGGUGCCACCUGUGUAACCGCUGCUUCGGGCAGCAGACCAACCUGGACCGGCACCUCAAGAAGCACGAGCACGAGCACGCUCCAGGUGCGGCCACGGCCGGGGCUGCGCUGACGCUGCGCGGGUCGGCGAAACUUCGCGGCUCCGUCCAUUCGCCCGCGCUGCCCCGGGGACGGAGCCCGCAGGACCGGCGCGGCUGGACCCGGGGCCCGGACCCCACCCACGGCCUCGGGCAUCCACCGCCCGCCCCCUGUCUUCCCUGGGGCCAGGGGCCCGCGUCCGCACCCUAG